AUGACUAUUGCCUCUUCUGCUCAAGGGGGUGAUAAGUAUGCAGCAACAAGCGAGAAUCAGAAGCAUGCGGAAAUUGGUGUUGGGCAUCUGAUUGUUAUUGGCAUGGCUUUUUUUGGUAAGCAUAGUUUUUGUAUCGAGGAUUUUGUUGACAAGGCAGAGAAGACCAGCCUCGAGGGGUCUCCAAGGUCUCCCUGA